GCCGUCGCAUCCUUCUGGCCACAACUCUUCAUUCUAGGGGCGCCAGCAACCAAGUCAUUCAGACCGAUCAAUCUAUAAUCAUACAGGCCCGUACUCUUCGCAAUCGCCCAAAAAUUAAAAACAGGGUGAGAAGAACCACCCACCGAAACCAACUUGCCCGUCCAUUUUUAUCUGCCCGCCCGGCUCUCCGCAGCCAUUGCAGCAUCAUCCGCUUUUAUCUUCGCAAUUGUCUGAUCCCGCUUAUAUUCCAUUACACGCUUCUCUUUGAAAUAUUUCACCUAUAAUAUUGCAAAAGAAAGAUUUUCGCAUCAAGAAUUAGCCAUCGUCGCAGUUCUAUUGGUCUUUUUGCGGAUAUUAUAGAAAAGAAAGAAGGAAGGGAAGAAGGGAAGAGAAAGAGAAGGAAAAUAUCGCAACGCACCCAAGUCUUCGAACAUGCGCCUUCAAAGUCGAGGAGUUCCUUCGGGCAUUUCGCGCGCGCCGUUUUAUCUUCCCGGACCGCAUCGACUAUGUUGUUUGCGUCUAGGCAUUCGAAGAAAGCGUCGCGGGCAAUGUAGCAUUGUUGUCGUGAGGAGCGGUCGGGGGCUAUGGAGCCGCCGUCUGCGGCUUUGGAUGCGGCGGUUUCGGAGGAUGAUGAGAACCAGCCCAUUGUUGGCGUUGUAUGGAGAACGAGGGGGGACGAGGACAGAUGAGUAAAGCAAGAUAGGAUCAAUUUAUUGGCGGAUGGAUUGGACGAAAGGAAAAUAAUACGGCGAUCUAAGCCGGUUUGUGAUUUUUUGUUUCUUGUAUUAUUUCUGAGGCCGUCUUCGUCAUUGCUGCUGGCUCCGACUUUGAUAUCACGUGAUCAGCGGGCAUGGCCAGAAUUCCCGGCUCCUAGAUUAUGACAACAGCAACUUUAUUUACGCAUCAUCAUAAGAAGGAUCAACAACAACAAGAUUUGAACAAUCAUCAAAAGUUCCUAACAACUCCAUAUUUAUCGUAAACAUCCAUCCACCUACGCAGGUUACCGCUCAGCCCCAUUCAUUGUAUAAUACCGCUUCCAUUAACGCGCAAGGCUUCCGGUCCGUAGCCUGAAAUGCCUCUGUCUGAUGCUCCCUUUUAUUCAUAAACCCAAACCAAAUCUCCUCCCUUCCUCACCGGCUUUAUGCAACGUCGUCGCAGACCUCCUCGGGCGGGGGCUCUUACCGAUUUUCCUCCGCUUAAAAUUGUGACCAAGAUCGUCUACCUCCAAGCCGCCUAUUACGCUUGCGCUACGAUUCUCAUCCUCUUCACCGCCCUGGUUGCUGGGACCGCCUUUUCACCUGACCUUAUACUCUCCUGGCGCAGCCUUAGCGGCGAUACGACGAUAGGAUGGACGCUCGGGCUCGCCUGGCUGCUUAACAGCGCUGUUGGUGUCAUCUUCCUCCUUCUCUGGGUCUCCCGCUCGAAACUAAUUCCAGACUUUGCGCUCACAAUCCACUUCAUACACUUCCUUAUCACCUCCUGCUACACUCAUGCGCUCCCCACCAACUGGCUUUGGUGGGGUUUACAGGUAGCUAGCUCAGCGCUCAUGACGUUCCUAGGCAUGUGGGCUUGCCGGUGGAGGGAACUGCAGCCCAUCGUUUUCGGCGGGUCUACUGCAAAUGCGUCGUCAGCUAGUGGUGGUGGUAAUCAUGGCACGAAUCGAUCAGGCGAUGAUACCGCUGGAGAUGGGGACGGUGGUGACGGAGGUGGUUUUUUUGGAUUUUCGAGAGGCAGGGGCCGAGGAAGGAAUAGGGAUGGCGGGGGAGAGUAUGAAAUGGUUGGAAUGAAGGAGAGAGUUGAUGAUCCUGUUUGAUGGUUGUUGUAUACCCUCCUCGCGACUAGCUCUUUUUGGGGUUCUGUUCCUUUCUUUUUCCUAGUUUAUAUACCCCUUGGUCUCUUUCAGUGUUUCCCUUGUCUUGCAUCGUAUUGGCGCGGGUUAGGAAUGUAUGGGCGGUGAAACGAAAGCCCUGUCAUGUAGAUUUGGCAUUAUUCUCUCUUUUCCUUUCCAUUUCAUUAUUAUUUCUUUGUCUUGUUUUAUAUUGGAUACUUGAGCGUGUGUGAUAUCGUUCUAUAAACAUUCAUCUUUCUACUGGCUGGGGAAACCCACAGAACUUGUCGGGCUACUCGCUCGCGCCUACAUAGCCUCCAUGUGAUGUAUGUAUGUACAUACAUACAUCUAAGCGGAGUUUUUGGAUGUGUUUUGGCAAAGAUGAAGGAUGUUGGUUCUACAUCUCACCGGUUGACUACGCAGCGUAAAGCCCACAGAUAUGAUAGGGAGGGGUAAACGGGUGUUGUAUUCGAGGUUAGCGGGCCCAGGCAUCUAUGAUCGCUCCGCAACAGACACCUGAUACGAAAAAGUCUUCAACAUCUGGGCUGGAUCCUGGGGCGCCAACAGACAGGUAUACCUGUUUCUGAAAAUUCGAUUCUAUUUCCCGCCGUUUUCUGUGGUUUGUUCUGAAUCGAAAAGUGAGUUUUAAGAAAGGUACGAUCAUGGAUGCUCCUGAGAGCCAACCGUAGCAUAGUGUAGAUGGGAAAGGAGAAAUAACCAUGCUCAGAAGCCAAUGAAAAUGGGGGAGAUCAAUGCCACAGAACCAUUAUAGGAAUAGUCGCCAUCCUCCAUACUAUACUGGUGUUGGAAUUAGCUUCUGGGAUAAGCCAAAAGUGCGGGGUGGGUUUGAGGCUGCUCAAUGCUUUCUUGUAGGUUUUACAUCGGAGGAAGGGGUCGCUGCCAGCUCAUAGAGGCUGUAUAUUAAUAUUUGAACUUUUGUUGCACGCUUGAUCAACCUGUUUGUCAAAUUGGCCUAUAUAGUUCUCAGCUCAGUUUUCUUUAGAGUUAAAAUCGGAUUAAUGAAAUGACGUCGCA